UUGCGGUGAGCCAAGAUCACACCAUUGCACUCCAGCCUGGGCAACAAGAGCGAAACUCUGUCUCAAAAACAAACAAAAAACAAAAAGAAAGAAAAAAGAAAAGCAGUUAAGUGGUCCGGCAUUCAGGUGUCAUGCACUGUGUGCCAGGAUGAAGUGGCCAUAGGAUGACCUCUUGUCUGCAGGACCUGCUACACACUGACCACCCCCUGCCGCCCCCACAGGCAGAGCUGACCUGUCCAGUAAUCAAGGCAAUGCAGCCGGCCACCCAGCUACAGUUCACGAACCACUUGUCACCCAAUAGGCAGUGCAUCCUCCAGCCCCCGCCCACCCCUAGUCUCCCGGACAAAAUGGAGAAAGCGCCUCCACAGCCCCAGCACGAGGGCCUCAAGUCCGAGGAGCAUCUUCCGCAACAGCCUGCUGAAGCCAAGACAGUGUCCCGCCACAUCCCACGCCUCCGGGCUGUGGUCGAGAGCCAGGCCUUCAAGAACAUCCUGGUAGAUGAGAUGGACAUGAUGCACGCCCGUGCAGCCACACUCAUCCAAGCCAACUGGAGGGGCUAUCGGCUCCGGCAGAAGCUGAUUUCCCAGAUGACGGCGGCCAAGGCCAUCCAGGAGGCAUGGCGGCGCUUCAACAAGAGACACAUCCUGCACUCCAGCAAGUUGUUGGUGAAGAAAGUGAGGGUGGAGGACGGGAACAUCCCUUAUCACACCCCGCAGCAGGUGCGCUUCCAGCAUCCGGAAGAGAACUGCCUUCUGUCCCCGCCCGUCAUGGUGAACAAGGAGACCCAGUUUCCUUCCCAUGACAAUCUGGUCCUCUGCAGACCCCAGUCAUCCCCCCUCCUGAAGCCUCCAGCAGCUCAGGGUACCCCAGAACCCUGCGUGCAGGCUCCUCAUGCUGCUGGAGUCCGGGGGGUGGCCUUCCUGCCACACCAGACGGUCACCAUCAGAUUUCCCUGCCCAGUGAGUCUGGAUGCAAAAUGCCAGUCAUGCUUGCUGACCAGAACCAUCAGAAGCACCUGCCUCGUCCACAUAGAGGGUGACUCAGUGAAAACCAAACGUGUAACUGCCCGGACCAACAAAGCCGGGGUUCCAGAGACACCAUUGUCCAGAAGGUAUGACAAGGAAGUUAUGGGACCAUCCAGAGCCCAAACUCAGGGCCCUGUGGAAGCAGAGACCCCCAAAGCCCCUUUCCAGAUAUGCCCAGGGCCUGUGAUCACCAAGACCUUACUCCAGACAUAUCCGGUGGUCUCCAUGACCCUGCCGCAGACAUAUUCAGCAUCCACGACGGCCACCACUCCACACAAGACUAGCCCUGUUCCCAAAAUAACAAUAACCAAGACCCCAGCCCAGAUGUAUCCGGGGCCCACAGUCAUGACCAAAACUGCACCUCACACAUGCCCCAUGCCCACGAUGACCAAGAUCCAGGUGCACUCCACAGCUUCCAGAACUGGCACCCCAUGGCAGACAUGCUGUGCAACCAUCACGGCAAAGCACCAACCUCAGGUUUCCCUUCUAGCCUCCAUCAUGAAGAGCCCACCCCAGGUAUGCCCAGGGCCUGCGAUGGCAAAGACCCCACCCCAGACGCACCCGGUCGCCACCCCAGCCAAAAACCCAGUGCAAACGUGUCUGGCAGCCACCAUGUCCAAGACUUCAUCCCAGAUGAGCCCAGUUGGGUUGACCAAGCCCUCGCCCCAGACUCGCCUGGCAGCCAUGAUAACCAAGACCCCAGCCCAGUUACGCUCAGUGGCCACCAUCCUCAAGACCCUGUGUCUGGCCUCUCCAACAGUGGCAAAUGUCAAGGCUCCACCCCAAGUGGCGGUACGAGGCUCCAUCCAUGACAACCCACCCAAGGCCAAGGCCACCAUGAAUAUGAAGCAGGCUGCAGAGGCGGUGAAAGCCUCAUCCCCCUCCUAUUUGUCUGAGGGGAAGAUCAGGUACCUGGCCCAAUCACGUCUGGGAACUGGGGUCCCUAGGGCUCCAGCUAAGCUUCCUUUGGAAGCUGAGAAAAUCAAGACUGGCCCCCAGAAACCGGUGAAAACAGACAUGGCAUUGAAGACCAGUGUGGCAGUGGAAGUGGCUGGGGCUCCAUCCUGGACAAAAGUUGCUGAGGAAGGGGACAAGCCAUCUCACCUGUAUGUGCCUGUAGACAUGGCUGUCACCCUGCCCCGGGGACAGCCAGCUGCCCCACUGACCAACGCCUCAUCCCAGAGACAUCCACCUUGCCUGUCCCAGAGACCACUGGCCACCCCGCUGACCAAGGCCUCAUCUCAGGGACAUCUGCCCAUCGAGCUGACCAAGACCCCAUCCCUGGCCCAUCUGGUCACCUGUCUGAGCAAGAUGCAUUCCCAGGCACAUCUGGCCACAGGUGCCAUGAAGGUCCAAUCCCAAGCGCCUCUGGCCACCUGUCUGACCAAGACGCAGUCCCCGGGGCAGCCGAUCAUAACCAAGCGCCUCAUCCCAGCUCACCAGGCUGCUGAUCUCAGCAGCAACACCCAUUCCCAGGUGCUCCUAACAGGGUCCAAGGUGUCCAACCAGGCCUGCCAGCACCUCGGUGGCUUGAGUGCCCCACCCUGGGCCAAGCCAGAGGACAGACGGACUCAGCCACAGCCCCACAGACACGUGCCGGGGAAGACCACUCAGGGGGGACCAUGCCCGGCAGCCUGUGAGGUCCAGGGUACGCUGGUGCCGCUGAUGGCACCCACCGGACAUUCCACAUGCUAUGUUGAGUCCUGGGGAGACAGCGGAGCCACGCGUGCCCAGCCAUCAAUGCCCAGCCAGGUGGUGCCCUGCCAGGAGGACACGGGCCCUGUGGACGCUGGUGUGGCUAGUGGCCAAUCGUGGAAACGCGUGUGGGAGCCAGCCAGGGGUGCUGCGUCCUGGGAGACCCCGCGCAACAAGGCAGUGGUGCAUCCCAGGCAGUCCGGGGAGCUGGUGGUGUCCAUGCAGGCUGCAGAGGAGAUCCGCAUCCUCGCAGUGACCACUAUCCAGGCCGGCGUCCGUGGCUACCUGGUGCGUCGCAGGAUUCGAGUGUGGCACCGGCGGGCCACGGUCAUCCAAGCUACUUGGCGCGGCUACCGCAUGCGGCGGAACCUGGCACACCUCUGCAGAGCCACCACAAUCAUCCAGGCCGCCUGGCGCGGCUACAGCACCCGCCGGGACCAAGCCCGGCACCGGCAGAUGCUCCACCCCAUCACGUGGGUGGAGCUGGGUGGAGGGGCCGGGGUCAUGUCUGACCGAAGCUGGGUCCAGGAUGGCAGAGCCAGGACAGUAUCCGACCAUCGCUGCUUCCAGUCCUGCCAGGCAAAACCUUGCGGCGUCUGCCACUCCCUGAGCUCCAGGAUCGGGAGCCCGCCCAGCGUGGUGAUGCUAGUGGGCUCCACCCCUCGCACCUGUCAUACCUGCGGACGCACCCAGCCCACCCGCGUGGUGCAGGGCAUGGGCCGGGGUGCUGGGGGCCCCGGGGCAGUGUCUCGGGCCUCCGCCUACCAGCGGGCUGUCCUGAGUCCCAGGCAGCCACGUCGCCGGGACAAAGCGGCCAUAGCCAUUCAGUCGGCCUGGAGAGGUUUUAAGAUCCGCCAGCAGAUGAGGCAGCAGCAAAUGGCAGCGAAGAUAGUUCAAGCCACCUGGCGAGGCCACCAUACCCGGAGCUGUCUGAAGAGCACAGAGGCGCUCUUGGGACCAGCGGACCCCUGGUCCAGCUCACAGCACAUGCAUUGGGCCAGUUCACAGCACAUGCAUUGGCCCGGCAUCUAGGACCCUGGCUCCCUGCAGUGGGGACUUUGUGGGAGGCACUCGUGGCUCUCUGGGUCUGAUGAAUAAAGUCCUCCACAGCCUA